AUGGAUCAUCACGGAAUACCUCUCCAGUUGACAGUCAAAACUGUCGUGCGUGUCAAUUUGACGUCCGAGAAAGAGACAGCUUCUGUCCCAGAGUCAGAUCCUACUGCCAGAGCUAUUCUUACCCAACAUACCUCGAUCAACUUCUACAAGGACGCCCAAAGCGAUAUUCAGAUCAAACCUGCUAAAAAUCGACCCGCGGCGAAUGCUAUCAUACAACCGGAUUUCAACACAGAGAAGAUGGGAAUUGGUGGUCUUGAUUCAGAGUUUCACACAAUCUUCCGCCGAGCCUUUGCAUCCCGCAUCUUCCCACCGGACAUCGUGGCAAAACUUGGUAUCCAGCACGUGAAGGGCAUCUUGCUUUAUGGCCCUCCAGGAACGGGUAAAACAUUGCUUGCCCGACAGAUCGGAAAAAUGUUGAACGCGAGGGAGCCCAAGAUCAUUAACGGUCCGGAAGUGCUGAAUAAGUUCGUCGGACAGUCAGAAGAGAACAUUCGAAAAUUAUUCGCCGAUGCAGAACAAGAGUACAAAGAGAAGGGCGAUGAGAGCGGACUUCACAUCAUCAUUUUCGACGAACUUGAUGCCGUAUGUAAGCAACGUGGAAGCGGAGCAGGCGGAGGUACUGGCGUCGGAGACAGUGUCGUCAACCAGCUGCUCUCAAAGAUGGAUGGUGUCGACCAGCUUAACAAUAUCCUACUCAUCGGUAUGACAAACAGAAAGGACAUGAUUGAUGAUGCAUUGCUCCGUCCUGGACGUCUUGAGGUGCACGUCGAGAUCUCCCUUCCCGAUGAGGCUGGCCGAGCCCAGAUUCUUGGUAUCCAUACGCAGAACAUGAAGCAAAGUGAGUUGAUGGACCCGAGCGUCGACCUGGCAGAGUUGGCGGCCUUGACCAAGAACUACUCCGGUGCUGAAAUUGCUGGUCUUGUAAAGGCAGCCACAUCUUUUGCUUUCAACCGUCACAUUGACUCAGGUAAAACCGUUCGAGUGAAGGAUGACGCGGCGGAAAUGAAGGUUAAUCACUCCGAUUUCAUUCAUGCUCUGGAUGAGAUCCAGCCGGCCUUCGGUGUAUCCGAAGAUGAAAUCAAGAUGCGUAUUGAACACGACAUCAUCAACUACUCAGAAGAGAUUGACAUGAUCCUCAAAGAAGGAGAAGCGUUGACAAGAGGGUUGACUCUCCCUGAUCAAGCAUCCCUAUGGUCUACAUUGUUACAUGGUCCAGCUGGCAGCGGGAAAACUGCUCUUGCAGCUCAAAUUGCGCUUGACACUGGAGCUCCGUUUAUCAAAAUGGUCUGCCCUGAAGAUAUAGCUGGGUUAAGCGAGAUGGCGAAGAUUCAGCAUAUCCUGAGAGUAUUUAACGACGCCUACAAGAGUCAGAGAAGUGUUGUCAUCGUCGACGACAUCGAAUCCAUCAUCGAUUAUGUGUCCACUGGGCCCCGUUUUAGCAAUUCCGUGCUGCAGACACUGCGAGUCUUGUUCAAGAAGCAUCCGCCCAAGAACCGAAGGAUCCUUGUCUUGGCCACUACAUCCGAGCGAGCACUCAUGAAGCAACUGAACAUCUACAACUCUUUCAAUUCUGAUAUUAGGGUACCAAAUGUUACGCAUCAUCAGGAAUUGAAGCUUGUCAUGGAGAAAUCUGGCAUUUUCACAGAGGACAACAUUCGGGAAGCUUUGGGGCGUAUCGACGACAUGACAGAGGACACAGCCACUGGUGUGGGUGUCAAGAAGAUCUUUGACGGAAUUGAGGAAGCGAAGAGGAAUCCCCAUGCGCCGGUGGAUCAAUUCGUGCGUGUUAUUAACCACGCUAUUGAAGAAGGACGAGUGCGCCAGAUACCGAGGGGUCCUAGCUAUGAGUAA